AUGCCCGGGCCCCCUGAGGCCAGGGAGACCUCUGGCUUCCGAGAUAAAGCAGGUCCUCCUCUCCCCGCAGCGAACAUCCUGACGGUGAUCAUCCUGUCCCGGCUGGUGGCGCGGAGGCAGAAAUCCUCCUACAACUACCUCCUGGCGCUGGCCGCCGCCGACAUCCUGGUCCUCUUCUUCAUCGUGUUCGUGGACUUCCUGCUGGAGGACUUCAUCCUGCGCACCCAGAUGCCCGCGGUGCCCAACCAGGUGGUGGGCGUGCUGGAGUUCUCCGCCAUCCACACCUCCACCUGGAUCACCGUGCCGCUCACGGUGGACCGCUACAUCGCCGUCUGCCACCCGCUGCGCUACCACGCCGUGUCCUACCCCGCGCGCGCCCGCAGGGUCAUCGCGGGCGUGUACGCCGCCUGCCUGCUCACCAGCGUCCCCUACUACUGGUGGCCCGACCUCUGGGCGGAGGGCCACGCCAGCUCCGCCGCGCACCACGCGCUCGUCUGGGCGCACUGCGUCACCGUCUACCUGGUGCCCUGCUCCAUCUUCUUCGCCCUGAACUCCGCCAUCGUGCGCAGGCUGCGGCGGAGGAGCGCGCUCCGCCUGCGCGGCUGCCCCGCGGGCCGCACCACGGCCAUCCUGCUCGCCAUCACCUCGGCCUUCGCCGCGCUCUGGGCGCCGCGCAUCGCCGUCAUCCUCUACCACCUGUACGGCGCGCCCGUGCGGAACCGCCGGCUGGCGCACGUGGUGGCGGACGUGGCCAACAUGCUGGCGCUGCUGAACACGGCCGCCAACUUCUUCCUGUACUGCUUCAUCAGCAGGCGCUUCCGCGCGCUGGCAGCCACCACGCUCAGGGCGCUGUUCACCUGCCGCAAGCAGCCCGCGCAGUUCCCCGCCAGCCACAACUUCUCCAUCACCAGCAGCCCCUGGGUCUCCCCCGCCAACUCGCACUGCAUCAAGAUGCUGGUGUACCAGUACGACAGGGAUGGUAAGCCUGCCAGCGCCUCCCCGUGA